UCAGAACAAUAUGGCAACCCUGGUUGCAGCCUGCGUGAAGCGGAAGAAGCCAGUGAUGCAGGUUAAAAAAAGAGAGAGGACUCCCAAUUUCUGUGGCGGAGACGCUUGUUUAUUAGGGACACAGGAGUGUUGAAUGCAAUAAGGACUGACAAGAUGCCGACGUGUGUGACUCUGGAGACUCAGAUUUCCUCCGUGAUGGAGAGUCUGACCCAAGCGGCGGUGGCGGAGAUCUGUAAACUGAUCAACACCGAGUGUGUGGAGAUGCGGUUAGAGAUCCGCAGGGGCCGGAAAGAGAUCGAAGCCUUGAAGGGAAAAAUACGGGAUCUGAAAAGAGAAGCGCAAAAUCCUUCUUUGGUCGCAGUGUCUUUAAUCGAGCCUCAGGCAAAUCUGCGAGAUGGAGAUAAGAGAGCUGAUGAUCUCAGCACAGUGCCUGAUUGUCAGAAUGAAGAAAGGAUUAAGAAAACAAAUACUCCAGCACCAAUGAAGAACUUGCAGAAGAAUGAGGUUCAAGGAAGCAGGAAUUCUCUUCCAAGCUCUGGGAGUAAACUGAAUCAGAUGAGUACGUUUUCCCCAUCUGAAAGUGGAGUUCCACUGAAGGAAUCUCAAAUCCUUAUGGACUCAUUGACCACUGAAGCUAUAGCCAACAUUGGAGGACUCAACACUGCAGCUAUAAAGGUGGAGGGUGUGAGUCCACUUGUAUCCACAACCGAGUGUGUCUCAGAGGUCUAUCAAGCUGACGAUGAGCAAUGCACAAACACACACAGCCAUGCAGCAGGAGACAACAGCAAUAACUUUGGCUCUGCAGAACAGCUUUGGCCACAAUCUCAUUAUUCAGCGCAUUUCCAUAACAACAAACAACUCUCUGAAGAAGAAUCAAACUACAAAUAUGAGACAGACUUUAAUCAUAUAAAUGGGCAUCGGAGCAAUGAAGGGAACCCUAAUGGUUUGCUUCUAAAGACUGAGGAGAAUGAGGAGCCUUUAACGAAGACAGCAAAUGAACUGGCACCAUGUGGAAUGAUGGACAGCGAGGCUUUGACAUGGCCGUCUUUGACUUCAGUGAACUAUCCGGUAAGUGUUGGAGGUCCAGGCUGCUCUUCUAUGCUACAACAGGCUAUACAUGCUUCCCACCCUGAACACCCUGCAUUUCAUCUCAGUAUGACUGGUGAGAUUGAGUAUAUAAUUGAGCCUGAAGCAAAACAGGCAGGCGGAAGAAAUAUACAGGAUGUAAUUCAAACCACGGCACUUAGACAGAACUCCACUGUGUCCACAAUGUUGACAAAAGCGAAGGUUCUGCCAACAGCUGACAUGCGGCAUAAGCUGUUCUCCUGCUCGUUCUGUCCUAAGAGUUUCCAGAGUGGUGCUGACCUGAAGAGACAUCAGCGUAUUCAUACAGGCGAAAAGCCGUAUGGUUGUGCCGUGUGUGGGAAGCGCUUCUCCCUCAGGGGGAACCUCGUCACCCACGAGAGGGCACACAGUGGCAGCAAGCCCUUCAUUUGCCGCCAGUGUGGGAGAGCCUUUGCCCAUGGCUCCAAUUUAAGGGCUCAUCAGCGUGUCCAUACUGGAGAAAGGCCUUUUCACUGCUCUCUGUGCGACAAGACAUUUGCUUGGUACUACCCUUUCAAAAGACACCUCAGCUUGCACUUUCUGAAUGGUCAAAACUCCUGAUUACAUUUGUGUUUUUUUGUAAGUAACAUCUUCAAGGCCAGGUUUUGUCUUGCAAACCACCACAGGCUUUCAAACAAAAAACAAACACUUACUGUAAUACUGUAUGUACCUCAAUGUAACUGUGGUUGUAUUUAAAAAAUUUUAUUCAGCAAAGGAAGCUUUCACCAGGAAAUGGGAAGUCCAGAUAAUAUGCUAUGAAAGGCCUAGAAUGAGUGUCUUAGUUUGUUAGAAAACACACUAUCAAAAAUUGACUAUCCUAAUAAAUAUAAUGACUAAUAAACCUAGUUAAUAGA